AUGGAUGCGCACGCCCUUCUCUCGUCGCAAGGGUGGCGCGGCAAAGGCCAUUCUCUUCACGCGACGGACGAUUCGAUAGGCCUAGCGAAACCGCUCCUUCUAAAUCGCAAGGAUAACACAAAGGGCUUGGGAACGAAAGCGCAUUUCACGAGCGAUACAUGGUGGAUGAAUGCGUUUGACGAGCAGCUCCAAGGCCUGGACACUUCGAAGAAGGGACGGGUCACACAGACAGUUACACAGGGGCGUUUGAACCAGAUUGAAAAGGUUUCUGGCGGGAAGUGGAUGCUUUACGCGAGCUUCGUGAGAGGCGGAUUCUUAGAGGGAACGAUCAAGUCCCAGGAUAAGACAGAAGAAAGCGGUGCUUCUACACCCGAGUCUGAAGAGACGAGCAGCGACAGCGAUAGAGGGGUGAAGAUUAAGGAGAGAAAGGAGAGGGGGGAGACGAAGGAGGAGAGAAGAGCUAGGAAAGCGGCCAAAAAGGCAAGGAAAGAAGCCAGGGAUACAAGGAGAAGAGAGAGGCUUGCGAAGAGAGCGAAGAGGGCCGAUAAGGGCACAGAGAAGAAGGAGUCGAAAGAGGAGAAAAGGACAAGGAGGGAGGCUAAGAAGGCGAAGAGGGAAGCAAGAAAGGCUGGGAAAGGGGCUUCUGGGUGA